UCGGAUCAGUUUCGGUGUCGACACUCGGCUGAACGGCAACUCGGUGCGGACUUUGUGCGGCAGGACCAAGCCCCAAGCCCGUGGUGUCUCCGGAAACGUCGGAAUCGACGGGAAUCGACGGUGACGGUCGCGCUUUUUGGGACAGACACAAAAGGACGGGGAUAGUGAGUGCGCGCGGCGCUGUAUGUGUGUGUGUCUAUUUAGUGGUCGUUUUGGCGAAAAAAGAAGGGAACCGGUGGAACCGGUGGAACCGGUGUCCGGAGUGGAAGAAGUGGCCGCAAGCAGUGGCAUGUGCCGGAAAAUCGAUACUUUUCCGCGCUGAAAGGUGAUUAAAAGAAGCACAGGACUAACGAAGAACCAAAGAAGUGAAAAAAAAACCUUCACAAUUCAAAGCGCAUUCCGCGCUCGUCAGCAAAGGAAACAAACAAACAAAAAAAGUCAGUGUCCAAAUGUGUGUGCAACUUGGUGAGAUUAGUCCGCGACUAACGCUUCCCACAGCAGUGCAAGCAAGUGUGACUAAGCCAGUGACCUGGCCGCUGCUCGUAUAAUCAGAUUUGAAUUUGGCACUCGGCGAUGCUAAAUUGGGUCGUCCUUUGAUUGCGACACACAAAAAAAGAGACAGUUCAGCGCGGGGAGGUCACUCGAGUUCGUUACGAAUAACGUCCGAAAAAAUGCUACUUUGGAUUAAAGCUUUAAGCUAAACGACCCCCUCGACUUCUUUCAAAGGGAGCAGUGAAGGAGCAGUCGAGCACUUUGUUCUAGAGACCGUGGAAGGAAAACAGUCGCGUGACUGAGCGUGAAAAUUGUCUGUGUGUAGAAAAAACGGAACGAACUAACGAACAAGAAUAGGACCUCGUAACUGCGGGGCUGCAAAAUGGAAGAAAUGGUGGACGACCCUCGACGUAGAGACAACCCCCGAGGAUAAAACAGAAAAUUAACGAAGGAAAAAGAAAGAUUCACGCGAGUUACACAACCUUUCGCCUUAAGGAGCAAGCUAUAAAACUAAGAAGAAGAAGAAGCAAAACUUAAGCAAGAAGAAACAAAAGGAAGCAGCAAAGUUGUCCGGAAAUGGAAUUCAUGCAGCGGAAUAUCGCCAUAUCGUUGCUGAUCUUGGUCUUUGGACUGGCAAAAGACAUUUGCUUCUGCCUGCGGCUGACUGAGGUCCGCAUCCCGAACCACGUGGCCAAAAACACGACCGUCGUGCUCGAGUGCCACUUUGACCUUAACGGCGAGGCCCUGUACUCGGUCAAAUGGUACAAGGACGGCAACGAGUUCUACCGGUACGUCCCGCGGGAUAAUCCACCGGCUCAGCUCUUCCUGCUGACGGGAGUGUCCGUCGAUCUGCUGAACUCGACGGAGAACCAGAUAGUGCUAAACAAUGUGACGCUGGCCUCGACCGGAAAGUACCGCUGCGAAGUGUCCGCCGAGGCGCCCUCCUUCCAGACCGUUUCCAGCCACGGCGACAUGGUGGUCGUUGCCCUUCCGGAGACGGAUCCGAAAAUCACGGGCGGCCGGCCCCGCUACCAGAUCGGGGACGUCGUCCGGGUCAACUGCACGUCGGGCCGGUCGAAGCCGGCGGCCAGCUUGACGUGGUUCAUCAACGGCGAGGUGGCCGACCCGAGCUAUCUGCGCCGGUACGAGACUGUGAUAACCGGGAGAGAAGGCCUAGAGACUACGAUUUUAGGGUUAGAGUUCCGCGUCAAGUACCGGCAUUUCAAGCGCGGUGAUAUGAAGCUGAAAUGCGUUGCAACGAUAGCACACGUGUACUGGAAAAGCAACGAGGAAAGCGUCGAAGGGGACAAACAGCCGAAACCGCCGGCGCUCGAGUCCAAAGAGACGCUCCAUCCGAACGGAUCCCGGGCGGAUCGACAAGAAAGCAACUCCAGCUCCAGCAACCACCGGCGGAGAUUUAUGGCCGGCGUUCCGGACGUGCUCGCCCUGGCUUUGGUGCUGGCGACGAUGCUCAACUCGUUAUCCUGGUCACCGACGUCGAGGACCUUGAUCAAGCGAUAACUUCCUUCGGGUUAAAAGUAAAAAAAAACUAUCAGCAUCGUCUCUCUCCAAGGAAGCGAAAGAGAGGGCGAAAUCACGUAUCUUAGUGGCUUUUAUAUUACGUUUUAGACUUUAAUGAAGAACUAACACUUCCCUACCUUCCCUGUUCCCCGGAAAGUCCCCUACUAACCUCCAAACUUUGAUCUGACGACAAGCAUUCGAGACUUUUUCGAACCAACGAAGAAAGCAAAAAAAGAAAAAACUAGCACUUUUAAGAUUAAAUUGAAUGCCAAAGAUAUAAAAAAAACACACACACACUCGAAAGAAGCUGUAAAUUUUGUGAGAUUACCAGAGAGAGAUAAAAAGUAAAAAAAAUGUUAGUAACUUUAGGUGCCAGAAAUGAUUAAUUAAAUUUAAAUUUAAAAAUGUGUCGCAUGAAUGCAUCGAGAGUGAGUGUAAUGUUUCAAAAAUGUUUGUAUGAUAUCUGCGAUUCUGUAAAUAUAAAAAAAGAAAAAGUUUUAUCCUAAGUUGCUACCUUAGAGUAAACAAAAAAAAACUAGUCAAAAUAAAGCAAACAAAAACAAGGUUGACAACAUCGAUAUUAUUCAAACAAGCGCGGUCUCGCAAUUAAUGCAUGUCAAUUUAAGAAAAAAAACAAGCAGAAAAUAAAAAAACCCAAAAACAGUGAACCAGUGUGUUUCUAACCUUAAAAAGAAGAAAGCAAAACAAAAGCAGUAUUACUUAUCGUUGAAAAAAAAACUAAGCUAAACAUUCAGCAGAUAAACAAACACACUCAAAACACUGACUAACUAAACUAAAAAAAACGGCGUCAUAUCAGGAAGGAAUACGCUAAAAGAUCACACAAAGCAUAAGUAAGACGACGAAGAAGAAGUAAAAACUUUUUAAAACUACUUAUUUAUGUGACGGAAAUUUCACUCUUAACAAAAAACAAACAAAAAAAAACUUUAAAACAUAUUUAUGGUGAAAACAAGCAAAAAACAUACGAAAAAACAAGUUGUCUACUCAAAUUCAAUGUGAUUUUUUAAAGAAGCCGCAUCAAAACCGAAAAAAAGCGAAUUAUCCACAAAAACUCAGUUUGUUCAGAAAAAAAAGAGAAAACAAUAACCUCAAUUACCCUCAGAGCCGAGACACGAACCAGUAUUACGGUCAUCCAAUCUAUUUGUUUUUUUUUAUAUUUUUUAGCACAGUGAAUCGCCAUAUCAAAAUGUCACACCUUUCGAGCGAAAUUUUGUGGAAUUGAAUGUGAUUUAAAACGAACAAAAAAUAACCAAACAUUUCAUUUGUGUUCCAAAAUCCCUCCCCUAACCCCACUGUGAAAAAAAUCGCCUAAAAUUAAUGGUGAAAUCGUUAUGCGAGAAUUAAAAAGAAAGCCCAGUUUAUUGUUAUCCCCGAAGAGGCUGAAAAACCAGAUUUGUAUUUGAAGGAGAAGGUAUGAAAAAAAGGACGUGUUUUUAUUUUCUAAUUUUCGGUUUUGGCAACACGCUCGCCAGCAACACUCCAAAGCCAGACGAGAGGGUGUUGGUGAAGGUUAUGAUUAUUGUAAAUAAUUUUCAUAUGAACCAGAUACGAUUUAGUCUAUUUUAAUAAAUGUAUAAAUUCAUGAAUCUUU